ACGGACUACAGGGGAGUUUUGUUGAAGUUGCAAAGUCCUGGAGCCUCCAGAGGGCUGUCGGCGCAGUAGCAGUGAGCAGCUGAGUCCGCGCGCUCCGGCUCCGGGAGAAGAGCGCGAGGGAGCGUGGGGCAGCAGGAGCCAGAGCCGGGCGGACCCGACGCAGUCGCACAGCCCUUCCCAGGCGGCCCAGGCAGAGCCCCAGCCAUGGAACACCAGCUCCUGUGCUGCGAAGUGGAGUCCAUCCGCCGCGCGUACCCAGACACCAACCUCCUCAACGACCGAGUGCUGAGGGCCAUGCUGAAGGCGGAGGAGACCUGCGCUCCCUCCGUGUCCUACUUCAAGUGUGUGCAGAAGGAGAUCCUGCCGUCCAUGCGGAAGAUCGUGGCCACCUGGAUGCUGGAGGUCUGUGAGGAGCAGAAGUGCGAGGAGGAGGUCUUCCCUCUGGCCAUGAACUACCUGGACCGCUUCCUGUCGCUGGAGCCCCUGAAGAAGAGUCGUCUGCAGCUGCUGGGGGCCACCUGCAUGUUUGUGGCCUCCAAGAUGAAGGAGACCAUUCCCCUGACGGCGGAGAAGUUGUGCAUCUACACUGACAACUCCAUCCGACCCGACGAGCUGCUGCAAAUGGAGCUGCUCCUGGUGAACAAACUCAAGUGGAACCUGGCUGCCAUGACCCCACACGAUUUCAUCGAACACUUCCUCUCCAAAAUGCCAGAGGCCGAGGAGAACAAACAGAUCAUCCGCAAGCAUGCACAGACCUUCGUGGCCCUCUGUGCCACAGAUGUGAAGUUCAUUUCCAACCCGCCCUCCAUGGUGGCCGCUGGGAGCGUGGUGGCCGCGGUGCAGGGCCUGCACCUGGGCAGCCCCAACACCUUCCUGUCCUGCUACCGCCUGACACACUUCCUCUCCAGAGUGAUCAAGUGCGACCCGGACUGCCUCCGGGCCUGCCAGGAGCAGAUCGAAGCCCUGCUGGAGUCCAGCCUGCGCCAGGCCCAGCAGAACCUGGACCCCAAGGCCUCAGAGGGAGAGGAAGAGGAGGCGGAGGAGGCCGACCUGGCGUGCACACCCACCGACGUGCGGGACGUGGACAUCUGAGGGCGCCGGGCAGGCGGCGGCCAGCAGCCCUCAGCCUGGGAGGGGCCGGCCGCAGGUGCUCCUGACAAAGUCCCUCUUUUCUGGGACAUUUGCUAACAGAAGGGAAAGUCUCCUUCUCCUUUCCUCUUUUCUCCCUUCCGUCUCCGACUUAAGCAAAAGAAAAAAGAAAAAAAAUCCUGAAAACUGUCUUUAAAAAAAGAGAAAAGAUAGAAUCUGCAUGACCCUGAGUGGGGGGAGGGGCGUUGUGCUACAAAAAUAGAGGACUUACCCCAGUAAUCAACUAGUUUUAUGUGAAUGUGCUCGUGUCUCUUGUAAGAAUAGGCAUUAACACGCAGGAGGGUCCCGGGAGGGCUAGAUUUGAUUCUUUUUUAUGUGUUUGAAAAAAAAAAGCAUAAAAACAUCUUAAAAAAAAAUAGAAAAAUUUGACAAAAGUAGAAGAGGG